UACAUCCCUCAGUCGGGAGUAGGACAGAGAGGUGGUCACAGCUCUGCGUCAGUAUCUCUCUCCAAAAUAAUCAUUCAUGAAACAGCUGACAACGCACUUGGUGAAAGCAGUGAAGCAGAAGUGAGGAUCACCAGGUUUGAACACGUCUUGGAUGAUCCGUUGCUAAAGUGGUGCUAGACAAAUACAAACACAAAACACACAACUCGUGCUUCCCAAGACUGCUGAAAUCGACAGCAUGUACGAACUCUCUCAUAUAGACUUGGACCUGGAGUUGUCCAGUCCCGUGCACGGGAACGAAGAAAACAACUUGGCCAUGAGUCCGAUGAGCCCAUCUUCUUCACAAGCCGACAUGAUUUUUGGCAGCACGAAAGUCAACCGAAACUCAUCCACUCCUUACACAGACGCAACUCAGACCAAAAAACAGUCGCCUCAUCACAUCAAGCGACCUAUGAAUGCGUUUAUGGUAUUUUCCCACAUGGAACGGAAGAAGAUCAUUGAGCAGCAGCCAGACAUCCAUAACGCCGAAGUCUCCAAAGCACUUGGCAGAAAAUGGAAAGAUCUCAUGGACGAGGAGAGGGAACCUUAUAUUCAGGAAGCCGAACGUCUUCGACUUCUACACAUGCGCCAAUACCCGGACUACAAAUAUCAACCUCGAAAGAGAGCCUCCAAACCAAAGAGCCCAAUUUCCUCGGAAAACAAGAUCACCAAGUCUCCAAGUCCACGGAAGAGUCCGCAUCAGAAGCUGUUCUCCCGAGUGAAAUCGGACGGAGAGUUCACUGGACUCAUUGGCACCUUCGGAGGGUCUUCAUUUGUCAACUCGUCACGAGUCAAGUUCUCGCCGUCGAAGAAAUGUGCAUUAGCCAAUGUGGACCACAAUCGACUGAAUCUGCGUCUCACCAUUGACUCCAAGUUCAAGGCCAGGCUGAGGCAGAGUCAAGAGGCACAACAGCUCCAGCCCAUGUCAAAUCUGGCCGAAGCCGCCAUGGAGAUCGAGCAACAAAAUCAGCCGGCCGUCAAACCUCAGCCUUCAUUAGUGGUUCAAUAUUGUCCGUCGUCACCCUUGAACCCUCCUUCGAGCCCCAUGAGCUCCACCAGCAUUAUUUCCUCGCCGGAGUACGCUUCAGCCUCGCUUUAUGACGAAUCAAAUGUGAUAAGGACCAAGUUCUGCUUGGACAGUGAGGCUCCAUCGACCAUGGCAAACCUGGACAAGCUAGAGGAUUUGUCCGAACUCCUUCAAAUCCCUCCAUCUGAGUUCGCUUUCGACUUGGGAGAUCUUUUUGGGAAUGCUGAUCAGGAUUCGUCAGGGUCUAUUUUGGGCACCCUGGCCCAUUGACCCCAGGCUAACCAGUUCAAAAACAAUGGGGCAUUCACUUUAAAGUUAAAUCCCGACCAACCACAACAUUUCUUCUCUUAAUUCCUGUGAUUUAGAAUGUAUUCUGUCUAUAUUUACCCAGAUAGUUUAGUUUCAAUUAUUCUCUUAUAAACGUUCUUUUCAGUUUCUCUUUUAAUCCUGUCUGUCUAGCGCACAAUAUUUCAUUUUCUCCGUUUUGUAUUUGUUGAAGAUCAAGCUUUAUAUUCACCGUUUUCUUCUUUUACCCAAAAUAUAUUUAUUUCCAUUUCCACUUGACAUCCGAUGAGGCCCGCGAGUUCACAAUCUCGAGUGUCUGUUAUGUCAAAUCUCCCCCUCAAAACCCAACCCACGCCAACCAAGGGUGGUCAAUUGUCAACCCACUAAGAGGCCUUUUUGAAGACAAUUUGAUAUGUAAAUAAAUAUAAUUGA